AUGCUGGAGCUGUCGUCUGCACGAGGAGGAGGAGGAGGAGGAGGCCAUGGCGGCGGCGGCCAUGGUGGAGGAGGUCAUGGUGGAGGAGGUCGCGGAGGCGGCCGUGGUGGCGGUCGAGGAGGUUUCGGGAGACCUGGUGGCUUUGGUGGAGGAAGACCUGGCUUCGAUGGCGGACGACCUGGUGGCUUUGGCGGUAGAAGACCUGGCUUUGGAGGACCAAUUAGAGGUGGCUACGGCCGACCAUUUGGCGGCUAUGGCGGCUAUCGAGGAUAUAGACCCUAUGGUUAUGGUGGCAUAGGACUUGGCGUGCUGCCGCUGCCUGUGCCUGUACCUGUGUCCUAUCCAUGUCGUCGCCCAUAUCCCUACGACUACUACGACGAUGACUACUAUUAUUGCUAG